UCCGAUUGGCUGGUUCCGGAAAGCCAUGCAGUGGGCUGCCCCAGCCAGCGGAGGUGAGCAGGAACCCUGCUCUGCCUCACUCGCCCGCUGUAGUGGUGUCCGCGCUUCGCUGCUCUGUGCAUCUGGUCGGUCCACCUCCCUCGCCAUGGCCCAAGCUGACAUUGCACUGAUUGGACUGGCUGUCAUGGGCCAGAACUUAAUUUUGAACAUGAAUGACCAUGGCUUUGUGGUCUGUGCUUUUAAUAGGACAGUCUCUAAAGUGGAUGAUUUCUUGGCCAAUGAGGCGAAAGGAACCAAAGUGAUUGGUGCUCAGUCUUUGAAGGAGAUGGUCUCCAAGCUGAAGAAGCCUCGGCGGAUCAUACUUCUUGUGAAGGCUGGUCAAGCUGUUGAUGAUUUCAUUGAAAAACUGGUCCCAUUGUUGGACACUGGUGACAUCAUCAUUGAUGGAGGAAAUUCUGAAUAUAGGGACUCCACAAGACGAUGUCGAGACCUCAAGGCCAAGGGGAUCCUGUUUGUGGGGAGCGGAGUUAGUGGUGGAGAGGACGGGGCCCGAUAUGGGCCAUCACUCAUGCCUGGAGGGAACAAAGAAGCUUGGCCCCACAUCAAGACAAUCUUCCAAGGCAUUGCUGCAAAAGUAGGAACUGGAGAACCCUGCUGUGACUGGGUUGGAGAGGAGGGAGCAGGGCACUACGUCAAGAUGGUGCACAACGGCAUCGAGUACGGAGACAUGCAGCUGAUCUGCGAGGCUUACCACCUGAUGAAAGAUGUGCUAGGCAUGCAGCAUGACGAGAUGGCCCAGGCCUUUGAGGAAUGGAAUAAGACCGAGCUGGACUCCUUCCUGAUUGAAAUCACAGCCAACAUUCUCAAGUUCAAAGAUACUGACGGCACAUACCUGCUGCCAAAGAUCAGAGAUAGUGCGGGGCAGAAGGGCACUGGGAAGUGGACUGCCAUCUCGGCCCUGGAGUAUGGCGUUCCUGUCACCCUCAUCGGAGAAGCUGUCUUUGCGCGAUGCUUAUCAUCUCUGAAGGAUGAGAGAAUUCAAGCUAGCAAAAAGCUGAAGGGUCCCCAGAUGUUCCAGUUUAAAGGUGAUAAGAAAUCCUUCCUGGAGGACAUUCGCAAGGCCCUCUAUGCUUCCAAGAUCAUCUCUUAUGCUCAAGGUUUUAUGCUGCUAAGACAGGCCGCCAAUGAGUUUGGCUGGUCCCUCAAUUAUGGUGGCAUUGCCCUGAUGUGGAGGGGCGGCUGCAUCAUCAGAAGUGUAUUCCUAGGAAAGAUCAAAGAUGCAUUUGAUCGAAACCCAGAACUUCAGAAUCUCCUACUGGAUGACUUUUUUAAGUCGGCUGUUGAAAACUGCCAGGAGUCCUGGCGGCGGGCAGUGAGCACAGGCGUCCAGGCAGGCAUUCCCAUGCCCUGUUUCACCACUGCCCUCUCCUUCUACGAUGGGUACAGACACGAGAUGCUGCCAGCCAACCUCAUCCAGGCUCAGCGGGAUUACUUUGGUGCUCACACCUAUGAACUCUUAGCCAAACCAGGACAGUUUAUCCACACUAACUGGACUGGCCAUGGUGGCAGCGUGUCGUCCUCUUCAUACAAUGCCUAAUCAGACCAUUUCUGCCCCCCCCCUCCAAUUCCAUAGACCAGAACAUUCCAUGUGCCAUGAAACACUGCUUACAUGGCCUUUUGUCCUAUUUUCUGCUCAGAUGUUUUAAAAUAAAGUGUCGUAAGAGGCUCCUAAUGAAGUCA